AUGGCAAUGAGUAGAUCAGUCUCACAUGUCUUAUUAGGGCUUCUAAUAUGGAUCUCUCUUCUCCUCUUCGUCUCUAAAGGUCUAUCUGAAAAUCUCAGCUCGAAAUCCAUCAACCCUUUACCUUCUCCGGUUAUAAGCUCGCUGCGGCCGGGAAGAAGAGCUUUGGUGGUUAGAAAGUUUGACUUCACACCGUUCCUCAAAGAUCUUCACCCGAAAAAUCAUGGAGAAGUUUCGCCGCCGGGAGGAUCCGAGAUCGACCAGAGAUAUGGCGUUGAGAAACGACUCGUCCCAUCUGGUCCAAACCCCUUGCACCACUGA